CGCGGCACUUGUUGGUGCAAGCAGCGAGAUUCGUCCGAAGAAGCUUUGGAGUGUGUGUGUACCACAGCCAUAGACACAGCAGCUUUAGCCCUGCUAUGCACUUCUCACCGAGACUUGUCAACACAACGGUCACGUUCCUCCGGGUUGUCGCUGUACCGCCUUUUCGGCGCCGAUGUUUCCUCAGCACAAGAACAUGCUCGCGCGCCAGCACCAAUAGUAGCAGCAACGCCGACGACGCCACCGCCGGCGACGGAGGGACGUGUGUAGUGUCGGCAGCGAUGCGUUUCCUUCAAGGCAAGAAGAGGCUAGUGGACUGCCUUAGCCCUGCGGACUACGCCCGCAUGGACCCUGCCACCGGAGCUUCUGUAGGAGGGCACCUCAGGCAUACACUCGAUCACUUCUCGAAAUGCCUUCAGGCGGCGCAACAGCAACCUGCCCCCGAUGAGGACGCCGUGCCCACAACAACUCCGGUGACCAUACGGUAUGAUCAUCGGGUGAGGGGUGGAACUAUUGAGACCGACCCGGCAGCUGCAUCCAGGUCCAUCUCCUCGCUUUUGCAACAACUCCAAAGCUUGCCUAGGGCCGACUAUCUCCGUGCGAAGAGGGUUGCACCAAUGUUCAUGCUCGGGUUGGGGGGGGGUGAUAACGGCAUCAAGGAGGAGUACGGGUUCGAGAGCAACCUCGAGCGUGAGCUCUUCUUCUGCUGCCACCACGGCACCCAUCAUGACGCAAUGAUACGGCUGAUACUGCGGGGGAUGGGGGAGAAGGGCGAGAAUGCGCUGAGUCAAGCCGGCGAGGGUUUCGGCGUUGCUCCAAGCACCAUCGAUUUUCUGAAGAAGAGGCAUAAAAAAUAAGGCAGUCAGUCAGGAGGAGAGGGGGAGCAACAGCAGCAGCAGGGCACGGAUUGAGACUGUGGGAGGGGACUUUGGCUGACUGGCAGAAGAAGAGCAAGGAGAUUUCUUCCUUUGUGGCCAUUUGUCUUCAACUCCGCUGGUAUAGUCUAUGCGUCGAUCAACAACCAUCGGGGUGCGGCCUGUGAGUUGUAACGUACAUAGUCUACUUUUACAGAUAUAUCAUCACGCAGGCCUCGUUCGGCGCGCUUGUGAUGGUACACCGUAAUAAAUUUCGGGUUGAGGCCCCAACCUCUGAUGGGCUGAAAAAUUCACACCCGAACUCACUUCUUGUUUGUUUGAACGGAAUUUGUGGUCCAGCUGUGUGAGUUGCAGGACAUUCGCCGUAGCUCUGUAGGCGCUGACGGAUAAAUCGUCGGUUGCGGUCUGUUUCAAGUCUAAAGGGAUGUAUGUGGACUUGUGGAGAUGCUGACGACUGCCUGGUGUUAUUUCUCUCAUGGAUUGUUGUUGGGUGUUGGAAGAUGUGUCCCUUUUUGUUUCAAGUUGAAUGUAUGUGUCCUCUCGGCAGCGUGUCGCGCGAGCGGAACAUGCGUGCAGUCACUGAUGAUGUGCCCAAGCAGAGCACCUCUCGUUUGUGCCAUAUUUUGUCAUGGGGUCAAGGGCUACGUGUGAACCUGUGCGUCCACUGUAGAGCUGCAGCGCGGCCGACGAACUCACUGUUGUGCCACCGGACUAUUUUUAGUACCAUGAGCGAUAGCUCUGAAAAUACAGGAGGUCCGAAGGAGCCGAUGGUUUGUCUGAAAUGUAGUUUCUUGGUCAGUGGGGACCGGAGCGGGUGCGCGCUCACUCUCGAUGCUGGCAAAGAUGAAUUCAACAUCUGGUACUCGAACGUGCGACGUACCCAUGGAAAGUACGGUACUGGCAAGCAUGCGUAAUUUUGUUGCAACACCGAAUGCAGCUUCAACAACUGAGCUACACAUGCAGAUUCGGCUGCUGAGCGUAUACCGGUUCUCGCCCGUUUAUGCACGGAAGUCUGAGCUACUUGCGAAGGCACAAUUUACCAAUGGAAGAUACCAACAUAUGGAAUUCGUAAAAUGUUCUGAUUUCCCCACACGAGUAUGUCUGACGACAUUGCCAGUUGUUGAAGGGGUCAUGCUGACUUAGACUUCUUUGUCACCUAUCU